AUGGCAAAUAACGAGAACUUACACGAAACUUUACUUGCAUUACAAAAUCAAUUAACGCGACUUCAAUUAGAAGUAGAAACUCUUAGAAAUAAUAUUACUCAAAACAACGAAAAUAAUGAUAAUAAUGACAAUGAAAGUAACGAUGAAAACAGCAGUGAACAAUCUGAAGCUGCUUGUAACCCGAUCGUCGCGUCAAUGUCGUCUCUUAAAGCUUACCUUGAAAUGAUAACCGAGUUUGAUGGAAAUAAUAUUUCAGUAGAGACAUUUAUAUUUGGAAUAAAUUCUAUGCUAAAUGAUAUACAGGCUGAUCAAAAAACAACAUUCCUUCGAUUAAUUAUUUCAAAAAAAAUAAUUAGAAAUGCAAGAAAAAUGAUUGAUGGUAAUGAUAUAAGAACUUCUGAUGAUUUAUUUCAAGUACUGCGAAAUUAUUUUGGGGAAAAUAAAUCGUAUGAUGUUUCACUUCUUGAAAGAAGUCAAUGCCAACAAGGCAGAGACAAUGUUACACUAUAUAAUAAAAGAUUUAAUGAAUACCAUGCAAAUGUUAAACGGUCGAUAAAUAAUAAUUGUAAAAUAAGUUCAACGCAACGGCAUAUCAUUUUAGCGAAUGAAGAAGAACAAGGCCUUUCUCAAUAUAUACGAGGUCUUCGUUCAAACAUUAAAAUUUUUGUCAAGUCCGGUAAACCAGAAACAAUUCGUCAAGCUCAAAAUCUAGCUCUCGAAACAGAAAAAGAAGAAGAAAUUUCUCGUGCUUUGUAUCCAAGAAUGAACAACAAUUUCGGGAAAAAUAAUGAAACUGAAAGAUCACAAAACACUUUUAAACAAUACGAAAAACCACAGAAUACUUUUAAACAAUAUGAAAAAUCACAAAUUAACACUGUACCACAGUCAGUACCAAAUUCUAAAUUUCCUUGUCAUGGAUGUGGCAGUUUUUCACAUUUCAUUAAAGAUUGUCCAAAAAGACCAACAUAUUUUCAACCUCAAAAUUUUCAAAAUCGACGCCAAUUCGAAAAACCGCCGAUUCCCAUAAAUUAUACACAGUGUCAAGAGAACGAAACUCUGGAGCAACCUUUAUGCUCAGAAUCUGCAGUGCCUAUGGACAACGAGAACACUCAUUCUUGGCAGACACCGGGGCAGCAGCAAAUGUAA